CCAAUGAAAUUGCAGGGAUUUGCAUCCGAUGGAAACAACAACAAAGAUUCUGCCGAUCCAUCAUCAUUUUCCCUUUAUUUUGGACUGAAUUAUUGAACUGAGUGGAUGGAUAGGUGUUAACUGAUGCCAAAAGGUAUAAUGGGUGUGGAGAAAGGUCUUCGUCCAACAUCUCCAGUCCACGUUCAUGUAGAGGACGACACCCCUAUACAUGUACAUGUUAAAAAGACUAUCAAGAAGAAAGGGACAAAGGUGAGAUCGCGACAGGGGUUUUCUAGUUCCCUUGGUGGUGAAAACUUGAGGAGCAAAUCACGCAAGAGCACCGCCUCAGCUCGGGCUCGAAGUCGCAGUCCGGGGGGAGGGCCAUGGGUGCCCCCACCGGGGAAAGCAACCAAGGGCUCAAAGAUAUCCUGGCAGGGUCCGACACAUCGCCUGGAAAUCACAACGCCACGAACUGAGGUUCAGAUUGAAGAUCUGUCCACUGACGAUGAAGAUCGUGUCCAUGGCAAUUUGAGAAACUAUGAGAAAAAGAUUGAUUCUCUUAUGACUGAGGUUGGAACCCUUAAAAAUGAGGCUGCUCUCCAGACCGCCAUAUCCGAGAUCGAGCACAAGGAGGACCUCCUGGAGACCUCCCAGCGAAUCAUCCAGAAACAGGAGAAGGAGAUCCAGGACUUCCAUGACGAGUUGUGCAUGACGGAGAAGGAGAACAGGCUGCUCCGCAAGAGUAUGGACCUCAUACAGGACGAGUCCGAAAUCAGCAAGGACUUCUUCAGUGUUGAGAGGGAGAAGUUGAUGAAAAAAUUAAUUGAGGUGGAGAUGGACGGUCAGGCAGCUGCUCAGCAGGUCCGGGAACUCCGGGAAACCAUCCACCGCAUCCGGGAGGAGAGCAGGCCAUCUGUAGAAGGUGCCAAACUGACAAAGCAGAAAGACCUCCUCUUAGAAAAGUUGACAGAUUUUGAAGCAACCAAUCGCACACUGCGCCGACUUCUCCGUGAGCACCAUCGUCAAGAGUCAUCGGCUCUCCGUCUGUCUGAGCAGAGGGAUGUUCUCAUAAAGAAGAUGGCCGACAUGGAUAGACUCAAUGAGAGGUUGCGGUUAGAACUGUUGGAAAGAGACAGAUUAAUAGUCGAUCUAAGGAAUCAGACUGCAGCCCAAAGAGAAGGAAGAACAGAGGAGAAUAUGGCUCUGUCCAGUCUUCAGGGGACGCUGGAGGGGACAAGGGCACACCUACAGAAGCAGCUCCGUACCAAGGAGGCAGACUGUAACCGCAUGGCUGUACAGAUAAGGAGCCUGGAGACUCAGGUGAACCAGGACAAGAUUGAGCUGGACCACAUCCAAGACCUGCUGAAUAACGCCAAGGGAAAGAGUGACCGGGACAAGGAAGCCCUGAAGAAGGCCACACGAGCCCAGAAGCAGCGAGCAGAGCGCGUCGAGGAUGCUUUAGAUUGCCUCAAUGCUCAGCUUAUGGAGAGAGAGACUCAAGUAACUGAUUUAAAAUCUGAGCUUGAUCAUGUCACUAUCAACAUUGAAAAACUAUCCAAGGAACGGGCGCAAGCCCAGGCAGAAAACACAGCUUUAAAAACACGGAUCAGUGAGCUGGAGUACCUUGUAGACAAGGUGGAGGAGAGUGCUCGGUCCAACUCAGACACUGUCACGGUCAGACUCCACGAGAAAACAUCCGAACUGUCAAAUCUCAAGCUGGAGAAUGAAAGAUUAAAGUCUUCCAUCGCUAACAUCGAGAGCAAGUUCCAGCUGGCUGAAGAGGAGAUGCUGCAACUGAGGAACAACUUGAGGCAGAGCGAGAAACUCACAGAUGACUACAGAGACCAGAUUGAAUAUGUCCUCCAAAGAACUCGGUAUCUCAAAUCUAUGGCGCUGAACCGAUCUCGCCGGGAAGCAGAUGAGAUCAGUGUACACUUGGAUGUAAAGGAAAAAGAAAAUGGCCGCCUUCAGCAAGAAGGGGAACUGGAGCUAGAAAAGGUGAAGCUUCGUCUGAACCAGCGUCUAUUAGAGUUGGAACCGUUGCCAGAGCUGCUACGCACGACAGAGUUCAAGCUGCAGGAUGCCACAGAUCAGCUGCUGGCCUAUGAGCGCAAGAACACUGACAACACCAAGCUCAUUGCAGAACUCACGGCCAAGGUGGAGCAACUGACCAACACGAUGGAUCAGAUAAGAGGCAAGAUGCACGGUGGACAGGACGAGAACCGAACGCUGGCUAGCAGGGUUGAACUGAUGGACAAAAAGCUGAAAGAGGUUGAGGAUCAAAAUCGAGAGCUGAUAGCAUCCAUCGCCAAGAGGGAGGAGUCUAUUCAUCAAAACAAUCUCCGCCUGGAGGAGAAGACACGAGAGAACGGCAGCUUGACCCGUCAGUUGGAGAAUGCCCUGACGGACAUCCGUCGCCACCAGGACCAGGCCAGGGACCGCAUGUCUUCCAAGGAACGUACAUACCAGAGUCGUAUCGCAGACCUAGAGUCUCAGCUAAGUCAGCUAAGAGCAGAGAUCGCCAGAGUGAAACGAGAGAAAGAGGAGAAUGAGCGCAAGUUCAACUCCCGAAUGUAUGACCUGAAGGAUCGGCUGGAACAGUCUCACAGCACCAACAGAAGCAUGCAGAACUAUGUACAGUUCCUGAAAAACUCUUACGCUAAUGUGUUCGGAGACAGUGCUAUCUCAAUGCCCACGUCUCCUAUACGUUCAAUAGUGCCUUGAUGCUGUCUGUCAUCUUGACUGCAACAACACGAGGUGCACACACAUACUUGAAUAUUUUCUACAUUAUGCAUGUCUACAGUUUGUAUGGAUUAUUUUCUGACAUGAAAGUUGUUAUUUGUCUCAAGGAUUACAUUUGUUAUAUACAUUAAUAUUAAAGUUGAAAAACAAUAAAUAUUUUGUUAAUGUAACUUUACACUAUUAUCACAGAAAAUGAAAUGAUUUUUUAUAUACAUCAGUGUUGAAAUUAAGCCUGAAAGUCAAGGGGUCCUUGGUAUAAAUAUAAGUCUAAAAUAUACCUAGAAAAAGAUACUGCAGGAGAAAACAUCAAGGACACUUAGACCCCUUUAAAUCCAACAUAUUAUUGAUACCUUGUAGAUUUAGAGAUGAUAAUGCAUAUACUGAAUCACUUGAAGUCACUGAAUCAUUAUUGAAUCAUUAUUGAAGCUCAAUGCCAGUUACAAAGAGUUAAAUAUUCAUCAUUAUGAUUUCUUCCCAAAACUGUCGCAAAUUGUUGAAUAUUAGGAAGAUGCCCCAGCCAUCUGGUAACCACAGAGGUAGUCACACACAGUCAUAUUACCAUGGUUAUUGUAUAAAUACAUACAGGAAGAAUGAACUAAACCGAUUUUUUUAUUAGGAUAGAGAGCCACUUGAAUACUAUAAAGCUCAUAUAGUGAGACUAGAAUUGUGUUUUUAUGUGUGGAAGUGUAAGUAGUUGAGAAUCAUGAUAACUUAUGAUAUCUAUUUUUUCUUCGAUAUUCAUUUUCGACCUGCAAUGGAAGAAGAAGAGAGAGGGGAUUUGACAUUUUGGUGAAUCAUGUCAAGUUUAUGGUACUUGUUGAAGCUGAUUAUCACGUCAGGCACAGAACUGAUGUGACGAAGUUAUCUCUACCUCAGACUCAAUGAACACAUAGAAUUCCAAUUGUCAUUUCCUCUGAAACUCAAUUAUAUCUUCCUUUGGUCAACUUUCGCAUCAUGAUGUCAUAUUUUGUUCAGGGAACGUAUUAAUAUUCUGCAAGGUCUCACUUUCAACUGUUUUUGUGUUGUCCUGUGACAUAAGACUCAGAAAUUCUCACUUUCUCACAUGUGACAUGAGUCUUCAAAAUAUCUCAAUGUGUUAACUCUCACUUUUUCAAAUAACAAAGAAUGAAGUUUAAUGUUUGUCACUCUGCAUAUGUAUUUGUCACAGAUUGUAAGAAGUGUAGCACACACAUACAUAUAUACCACUCAACGUUUGACAGGGAUACUAACGUCUUAGGUAUUGUCUAAAAGACUCACACAUUCAUGGACAUGUUAUGUGAAACACAUCAGCCAGUUCUUGUUCCAACAUAAAUCUGAACUUUUCUAAAUGUCCAUUAAAGCCGUUAGUUUAUUCUUAGUUUAUUUUAGAUAUGAAAAUGAUUAGUGGCUCUGCAAAAAAAUUGUUGAAUCUGGCCUUAUACACACCUUUUUUCUCUGAACAGGAAGUCACUUUCUGCAAAUUCCUGGAAACUUGCAUCACAUGUUGCCUCACCUGUUGCCCACAUUCUUUUAGCCAUUGUUUGUUGUGCCUCCCUGGAGAGACACAAGUGGUGUGUUGUAUAUUUUACGACUUAAAUUAUGAGUAUGUCUGUGAUAUCUGUUUGUUUCCACUGUUAAACAUACAGUACUAUGUUGAGUCUUGUUUUAGUCUUGAGCAUUUAGAAGUUUUUUCUUAUAUACUAGAUAUUUUACACAUUUUAGUCACACCUGGGUAGACUGGAAUUAAUGGACAGUUUUAAAGAUGAUUUUAUUAUAAUGAAAGUUCUCCUUUUGGGAAAUGACAGGAAUAACUUCAAAUACUUGUAAAUGUAUUAUCUAUAGUAGGGGAUGCCAGUCCUUUUGUAUACCGGAUACCAAGACCUGUUAACUGGUAUUCCUGAUGUCACAGUGCAGUAUGCUGGGUGUCAUAUAUUUGUCUGGUAUGCAGCUGCCAAAAGUUCAGUGCUGAAAUUCAUGAAUUCCUUUUUUGUUUGCCAAUCAAAAAAAAUCGUUUUGCUGUAUUGUGUAUAAGCACAUGAGUUAAUGUGAAAUCCAGUUCUAAUUACCUGUACCAGCUGUGUACAGUGGGCUUUCUUUACAGUGCUAACACUGGAUGGCUACACAGGGUUUGGCACCUUCAUAGUAGCUAUAUACCUUUUAUACUUUGUAAACAGUAAGAACAAACUAAUAUUUGAAUUCUGUACAGCAUGCCAGUUGAUAUAUUGACAGAACUCCGUGUUAUCCUAACUUUGUUUGCUUUUAUGAAGUCCACUACAACUCCAGUGUUUGGCUGGAGUGCCCAGAUAGUCAGUCUCCCAUCAUCAGUCAUCAUCAUCUCUGCCGUCCACUGACUGCAUGUGGAGACCUGUAUAUACAAGACUCACAGUGAAGUCAGCUAUUUUCUUUGUAUAAAUAUAUACCAUGUAUACACUGUAUAUAAAAUAAGUAACAGAA